CAUCACAUAGUGAGAUAGAGGGUCAAUCACACAUUUGUGACUGAAUCAUACAAAAUCUCACUCUCGCUCGCUUCAGUAUCUCUGCUUAAACCCUAGGAGUUGCGCGUAAAGUCCCUGCGGCUGCUCUGUACUUGCUACUACUUCAAAUGAGAACAUUAAUCUCUCCAUCUCUUCCUCCCUUCUUCUUCUCUCUUCAUCUCCCUACCAAACCUUCCCUCUUCUCUACAGCUCUCCGCGCCUCCCGUUAUCCUCCUCUCACAUCUCCCGCCGCCGCCGCGCUCAACAACACCAACUCGCAUCAUCGCUCCUCGGUUUCACAACGCCGGGAGCUACAUACGGCGGCAUCCAAGCCCUUCUCCGCUCCUCCUCCUCCCGGGGAGAUACACGUCGUCGUCGGUCCGAUGUUCUCCGGGAAAACCACGACCCUCCUCCGUCGGAUCCUCUCGGAGAGGGAGAGCGGGAGGAGGGUAGCCGUGAUCAAAUCGGAUAAAGACGACAGGUACUGCGCCGAGUCGAUCGUCACUCACGACGGAGAGAAGUUCCCUUGCUGGGCGCUUCCGGAUCUGUCCUCCUUCAAGGAGAGAUUCGGUCUCGACGCGUAUAGGAAUCGGUUGGACGUGAUCGGGAUCGACGAGGCGCAGUUCUUCGGGGACCUCGUGGAGUUUUGCCGCGAGGCCGCUGACGUGGAGGGUAAAACGGUUAUUGUGGCGGGGUUGGACGGUGAUUAUCUGAGGAGGAGUUUCGGUUCGGUGCUGGAUUUGGUUCCGAUUGCGGAUACGGUUACGAAGCUGGCGUCGAGGUGUGAGGUGUGUGGGAAGAGGGCUUCGUUUACGCUGAGGAAGACCGAGGAGAGGGAGACGGAGUUGAUUGGUGGAGCGGAGGUUUAUAUGCCUGUGUGUCGGAGUCAUUAUGUGAGCGGUCAAGGCGUUUUGGAGACCGCUCGUGCCGUUUUGGAUGCUUCUUCUUCCCAACGAGAUGCAACGCAACGCGGUUUAGAAGCAACGAGUAGUCUCUCCCCUUUGUUUUAAUCCGCGUAUUGCGUUGUGUAGAGUUUGAUUCAAAAGCCUUCCUGAUAGCGUUAGAGGCUUUUAGAGAAGAACCAAAUGUUUAGCUUCCUUGAAAAUGUGAUGUACCACUUAUUAGCUUAAUCAGUGAUUUUAAUUAUAAAACUUUUGUUCCUACAGACA